UCUGUUUUUGCCCGCCUUUCGACUCGCGCGCAGCCUCCACUGUUGUUCGCAGGCCACGCGCGUUUCUCUCACGUGGGAAACCGUGGUAUACCAGCACUCAUUCAUCCGCGACACCGGACUAGACAGCACGCGAUGCCUCUGACAUUUUGUUAUCACUAGCGGCGAAGCGAAUUAAUAUGGUGAUAUCUUAGAGUCCCCUAGUGGAAGUUGAGUGAUGAUCAAAUAGACACAGUGAUUAGGAGUUUCCUAUUAGAUAAGCGGAGACAUGGCGGUCUUACCGAUAUUACCUGUUCUGCUCUUAGCUGCAAUCGCAAGAUGUACGUGUGAUCAAAAUAAACUACACAGCGAUGGGAAUCGGUUUAGUGCCUCACAUUUCGGAGAGUUGUUAAAGCCGCCUCCUCCACCAAUUAGUCGUAUAUUACCGGUGCCAUUCCAUGGCAGUGGUGGAAGGAUUCAGCAACAAAAUGCAGAUGUUGGUUACAAUUAUCAACCGCCACCUCAGAUGCCGUCUCCGUUACCACCUUCGAAUGGCUUUAAAUUUCCUGCACCUUUCUAUAAACAGUACAAUUUUAAUUAUGUACCACCACCCCAGCCCUUUACAACGACACCGUCGCCAUCGCUUUUCCAGAAGGUAUCGACAUGGUUGUUUCCGUCUCAACAGACGAGUCAUGAUCCCACAUCGCUAGUUUUUAGUGGCAACAAUGGAAAUCAAAUAAAAAAGGAUUGCAAUCCUUGUAACCUAGUGCCGUGGCUGCCAGUAAUUAGAUACAAUAAUUUAGGCAAUGAAAAUACAUAUCAAAAACCAGUUUCGACAUAUGGCCCUCCAAGUCCAACAGCAGUUACCAAUAUUCAAAAUGGCAGACAAUACAAUUCGCAAUCGUUUCAUGUACAACAAAAUGUCAAUCAAAAUUUAAAGACUCUGUCAAGUUCGUCUUUUUUACCGCAACCUAAUUUUGGUUCUCCGCCUCAGUCUAACAAUAUACAAAGCUCUACAUAUGGGCCGCCUAGCCCUACUCAUACUUUGGAAUUGAAUUCCCAAAAUCCAUUGUCAUCUUCUUUCUCUAUUUCAAGUUCUACGUACGGUUUACCUAGUUCUUAUUACGGGAUACCAAAUGGUGCACCUAUGGACCAGACAAGUAAUUCUUACUCACCUCCAUCUAAUCAUAUAUUCAAUACUUUUCCAAAUGAAAUAUCUUCAUACAACCACAUGAGUUCAACGUAUGCACCUUCAACUUUAUAUGGAACACCAGCGCCCAUGUACUCUACUACAUCAUAUUCUUACGGAAUUCCAUAUCCCGGAACUACGCCCGAAGCUUGGACACCAGCAGUUCAGCCAAAUGAUGUAAAUAAUAAUUCACCUCAGAGCGAUGUAGAAAUAUUAAGAGAUUUAAAUCCAUCACACGAAUUACAGCUUCCUAAGGUUACACAUCCAACGGAGUUCAGAAAUUCGUAUGGCGAAACUAUAACUAAUAUCAACGUACUUGACAUAUCAUAUCCAGCUUCAGCUACAGCAGCAGAAUCAACAAAAGUGCGAACUGAAGUAUUACCGCACGGUGUUACAAAUAUGACAUAUCCAAAACAUUCUUUGGCCUUAGCAAAUCCAGCUCCAUUUACAUUGAAUAAAGGAAGAAAUAUUCACACAUUGCAACCGGUUGCUUUACCAAAUUUAAGCGUUUCUCCACUACCACCGAUAUUUAAUGCUCGUCCUUUUAGGCCGAUCACUGCUUUCCCCAGUAACGUUGUUCAAGGAAUAAACCAAAUGCAACAAACAUUAAACAAUUACAAUGUGGCACAAAGUAUACCGUUGGUUGAAUAUACCCAUUCUGUCGAUUAUCCCGCAACAUUUGUAGAAUCGCCGGUCAUAGAUAUAAACGCUGUACAGAACACUAAUCAAAGCAAAUCUUAUCGGAAUAUACCAAGUAGCUAUGUGAUUGAUGAAAUAAAAGACAUUUCUCCUCAAGCGUCUGAAGAUCAUAUUUCAGCUACCAAAACAUCAGAUGCUAGUUUUGAAAGUACAGGUGUUGAUGUUGGUAAUGAUAUUAAUUACGAUACAGGAAUACCUCUAGAGAUGAAUAAAAAUUCAUUUCAUAAUUCCGAUAACAAGCCAAGCUUUGCAGAUUUACGUGGUGUCAAAGACGAGGAUGUCGAUAAAUAUCGUACAGAAAAUAAUUUACAGAACAUUGAUUCACCUCUUCUAUACUUGAAACCUAGUGCCCCUCAUAAAAAUCAUGGAGAUUUUAUAUUAUCUCUAUCUACUCCGCGUGCGGAAAAUGAAUAUGAGAUUUAUGACGAUGCACCUUCUACAACUAUAGCUCCAAAGCCUCCUACUUUGACAAGUUGGGAUGAAAGUAGAACAGAUUACAGUCAUAGUUUGUCUCCACCUGCCGAAGAGCCAGUUAAAUCUAAUAAACCAAAGUUUGUUCAAAUAAUCGUGCCAUACACAACUUUGAGAAAAGAAGUUGACAACGAUUACUCCCAAGGCACUAAAGAAUGGUCUAUAAUAUCUGAAAAAGAAUUCCAACCAAGGAAUAUUCCACCACAUAAAGAAAGCGUUUUUACUACUACCGAACAAUAUACUACACUUGCAACCACUACAGAAGAUACGAAACAGGAGGUGUUAGAAAAUUACGAUCAAGACCAACUAAGCCCAGCAAAUACUUUUAAUAAUUUUUAUGAGGUGAGAGAAACGCCUUUUGACAUUAUUAAAUUACAACAUACCAUCGAUGAUUGGACAGAGCAAGAGUAUUCUAAAGAAUAUAAAAAUCAAGAGAAAACGAGAAGCAGCGAAAAACUCGCGAAACAAAUACCUGACGAUUUUUUCACAACUACUGUGCCUACCAAUUAUGAUUCUGAAACGAAUAGCUAUCAUAAUUAUGAUUUUUAUGAUCAUGAAAGUGCAAGCAGUAUUCAACAUAUCGUCCAUUCAACCGAUAAAAUCAACAGCACACUAACAUACCCACGAAAAGAAUAUAAUAUGAUUGAAAGAACUAAAACAAAACACACUGAUAAUAAAAAUGGGUCACUCAAUGAAAUAAAUAAGUUUCACGUAUACACAGCUGCUUCGUCAUUCCGAACAACGCCUGUAACAAGCAGUACAUCGACAACGACCCCACCACCGUGGGGUAAAAUACAAACUUCAAUAUCACCUUUGACAAAAGAAAAAGUUUAUGUAGUUACAUCGAGACCUUGGAGAGACAUCGGAAAUAUUUCCAAUAGCUGGUACGUAAAUGAAAAAUUUGAAACAAAAAAGACGAUAGUUGACAGUAUUCAAAAUGCAUCAGAUGAAAUCCCAUUAAAAUCUGCUACAUUUGUGAACAGACCAUCGUUUGGUUUUACCUCAGGAGGGAAGAUAGAAUCAGGAAGAAGUGACACUUAUGAAUUUUCCAAAAGCUGGUUCCAAAGCAUAAACGCUCUGGAGGUCGAAUCGCUGCCAGAUAGUCCAACUCUGCUUGAAGAGGGUUCGACAGGUAUAACAGCCAUAGGAACUCCUAAGAAUAUUUGAAGAGUGACGUUAUGAUUCUUCUAAUGAAAUAUUAUAUUAUGUUUCAAUAAUUAAUAAUUUGUGACUUUUGAUGAAACUUCUAACAUGUGCUGGACAUUGUGCACACAAAAAGAACACUCGGCCAGUGUCUUGUAAAAGUGAAAUUGCAUCGUGAUAUAAGUAUGAUAUAGUGUUUAAUGUCUGUAACUCCACGUACUUAAUACAAAUUGACAUAUUUUACGGGCACUCUUACUAUUAAAAUGUGGAUUGCUUAUGUCAUUUUUAUAAAAUAAAAUUAGUAUCGUGGACUUGUGUAAAUAAAGUUUUUGUAAGGAAAAUAAGACUAAUUAGAUAAGUUAUAAGAUGUAAAAUGUAAAUAUCUUUGUAAAUAUAAAAUCUAC